ACUAUGUUACAGCAAACUUAACAUUGGUUUCGGAAUCGGUUUAUACUGCUGAAUAAACGACGCCAUUUUCCGCAAUUUUAAAUAAGCCGUGUGAGCCCUUGUGGCCGGCCGCCGGCGUCUGCAAAACCUUAAAACUUUACUACACGUAUCCCCAUAAUUUAUCAAAGUUACAGAGAUAUGUGUGGUAUAAAAUCUAUAUUUUUUCCAUUUUUUGGUUGAAUAACGUGGCAUAGCUAAAUUUUAAUGCAUUUGAAAACGAAAAUGUCUCAUGAUAUUUCUAAUAACGAAAUAGAUGUAUUCGUCAUCUCUCAAAUGUCAUCCCGAGGCAGAGGCUAUGGGGGUCGAGGAAGUUACAAUGGGGGACGAGGAAGCACUUACAGAGGAUCAUAUAGAGGGAGUAGCAGUCGAGGCUCUUACGAAAGUCGCGGAGGUCGCGGUGGAUACUCAUCUUAUAACAAUGAAUCCAGAUACACUAGCGGCAGUGCUAGCAGAUACAAUUCCAGCCGUGACAGAAUGGAGGAUUAUAAAAAAGCUUAUCGUUCUGAGAGUUCAGCUAGUUAUUCUAAUCGAGAUUAUGGUGGCCGCUCAGGUUCACCAGACCGGAAAAGAAUGAGAAUGGAGGGCUCCUCGAGCGAUAGACGUAGCCAUGAUGGUGGCGGCCAUUACGGCGGAUCAUAUGGCGCUCGACAAGAGAGUUACAGCAGCGAAAGGAGAUCGUUCGGUGGAGAAGAUCGGAGACGCUCGCCUAACCGAGAGAGCUACCGCAAGCCGAGCGGAAUGGGCCCGCCGCGAGAGGUGGCGCGGCCCGCCACGCGGCCGCGCGCCGUGCGACGAUCCUUCCGCGGCCGCUCGAUGCGCUCGCGGGCCUCCUUCCGAGGCGCCCCGCGCUCACGCGGUACAUUUACCUCUAGGCGAUACAGCGAAAGAUCGCUGGGUUACACCCGUGCGUUCCGAUCACUCAAAGGCCGAAGCAGCUCAGUCAAGUCCAAGGAAGAAGCAUCCUCAACAGAAGAAGAUUGGGAUGCAGAUGAAAAAGAGGAAGCCGUUGAAGAAAAAAAGGAGACUAAAAUUAAAUCGCCCAAGGUAGAACCAGAAGUUUCAGACAGUGAACAGGUCGAAGGGGGCGAAGAUACGGACAAAGAACCAGACGCCGCAUCAGAUACGGCGCCGCCUCGGCCGCGACCAUACGUGCAUCUAGCCUGCGUGCAUUGCAAGGAGAAAUGUGCUACUUUUGCGGCGUACGUGAAGCACCUGGUGUCCAGCAAGCACCGCGCCGCCAUGAGCGGCGUGGCGCGGCGCCACAAGGCGCAGCUGCUGCGCAUGCGCGUGGCGCAGCGCGGCGCGCAGCGGGAGCUGGAGACGGCGGCGGGCGCGGUGCUGGCGGCGCGCACCACGUUCUGCCCCGUGUGCCGCCUCAACCACCGCACCACGCGCCACGCGCACAACCUCACCGACACGCACCGCGCCAUGAAGCGCUUCCUCAUGCCCUUCUGCCAGAUCUGCAGACUUACUUUCCGAUCGCCCAUGAUAUACGAACAUCACAUUUGCUCAUUGGAACAUCUCAAGAGAAAAGCCAGCCAGUCAGCUAGACGUGUAAGCCCAAAGGCUGAAGCAAGCGGUGACGAAGGAAUGGAUGUGGAUUUAGACAACUUUAUGACUCUUGACUCAGUUGGAGAUGUUGAUGAGGUAGAAGAUGACGAUUCCGGCGGCGAAAAGAAAGAUGAAGCAUCUCCUAAAAAAACAAAAGUUGAAAUAAACAUUGGCAGCGAACAUAUCAAAAAAAUGGAGGUCUGGUGGUGUGAAUUGUGCAGAGUGUACUUGCCGCGCGUCGAAACAGGCGGCACGGAAGAAGCUGAAGCAUUGCGCCGCCAUUGUCGCUUACGAAUUCAUCUUGGUCGUUAUGUGCAACACCGUGACACUCGCACUUUACGCAAGCACGCGGAAAGAAUUCAUCGCCAGUUGCAUCAGCAAAAAGAAGAAGAGAAAGAAACAAUCACUUCUGAAUCUGGUGAUAAAAAGUCAAUAAAACCUGAAGCUGCUGAAGAAAAUAAGAAAAAGCUUGACAAUGGUGCUGAUAAUUCUACUGCUUCUGGGAGUGAGGAUAAACUGUGGGCUGAUGUGGACAAGGAUAUUGGAGAAUUACUGCGUGAAGUAGAUCCCCAAGGCAAUGAAGGCAGUGAUGAUGAGGAAGACCUUGGAAGGUACGAUAAAUUCAGGAAGAGCGACAAGAAAACCAAGACUACUGAAAAUGGUGAAAAUCCAGUGGAUACUGCAGAUGCUCCCAUUGAGAAAAGCAAUACGGAAAUAAGUAAUACACCUGCUUAAAAUAUGUAUAUUUUAAACUUUAAGUAAUAAUCUUUAACUGCUAACAUUAAUUGUUAAAUGAACUUGCAAUAAAUAAUUGCAGUCUAUAAUUUCAAUUAGUAAAAUGACUUUAUGCCUUGUAUGCAAA